AUGGCUCGGACUCAAAAAAACAAAGCCACUUCGUACCACAUCGGCCAACUCAAAGCCAAACUCGCCAAGCUCAAGCGCGAACUCCUCACCCCGUCGAGCGGCGGCGGCGGCGGCGGUGCGGGGUUCGACGUUGCCCGCACGGGCGUCGCCAGUGUUGGCUUCAUCGGCUUCCCCUCCGUCGGAAAGAGCACCCUCAUGAGCCGUCUGACCGGCCAGCACUCCGAGGCCGCCGCCUACGAGUUCACCACCCUGACCAGCGUGCCGGGCCAGGUCAUGUACAACGGCGCCCCGCUGCAGAUGAUCGAUCUGCCCGGUAUUAUUGAGGGCGCCAAGGAUGGUCGUGGCCGUGGCCGGCAGGUCAUUGCCGUUGCCAAGACGUGCCAUCUGAUCUUUAUUGUGCUGGACGUCAACAAGCCGUUGACGGAUAAGAGGGUUAUCGAGGCUGAGCUGGAGGGGUUUGGUAUCCGGAUUAACAAGGGGCCGCCGAACAUCACGUUCAAGAAGAAGGAUAAGGGCGGGCUGAACAUCACCAGCACGGUGCCCCUGACGCACAUCGACCAUGACGAGAUCAGGGCGGUCAUGAGCGAGUACAAGAUCAGCUCGGCAGAUAUUGCCAUUCGCUGCGACGCCACCAUCGACGACCUGAUUGACAUCCUUGAGGCGAAAAGCCGAAGCUACAUCCCGGUUAUCUACGUGCUCAACAAGAUCGACAGCAUCAGCAUCGAGGAGCUCGACCUGCUUUACCGCAUCCCCAACUCGGUACCCAUCAGCUCGGAGCACGGGUGGAACGUUGACGAGUUGAUGGAGGCCAUGUGGGAGAAGUUGAAUCUUGUCCGGGUGUACACCAAGCCCAAGGGCAAGAUGCCCGACUACUCGUCGCCGGUAGUGUUGCGCUCAAACAAGUGCACGGUCGAGGACUUCUGUAACUCCAUUCAUAAGACCAUCGUCGAACAGUUCAAGUCGGCUGUCGUUUACGGCAAGUCGGUCAAGCACCAACCCCAACGAGUUGGUCUUGCCCACGAGUUGGCGGAUGAGGAUAUCGGUAUGUGA